CAUCCUCUCCCAAAUCUUCACUAGCACACAGCAAAGGGGACAGAAGCAGAGCCGUAUCCUCCUUUCCCAGCACGCCACGCUCCUCAUUCUCAGGUGUUUUUGUCUUUUACAUGGCGCAAGGACUCUGCAAGCGGGACGGUUCGGGGUGCGAGAAAGCCAACGCGGAUUGGAUAAGCGAGCAUCAGUGACGGGUGUAGAAAACAGCAGUUCCGGCGCCUCCGCCUUCUCGGUCUCCUCUAGCCGGCUCUAUGACGAGUAAUGGUCGGCUCGUUCUGCUGGAUGCUCCCUGCUCUAACCGGAUCUUCGACGGCACCAUAUUCAACAGCAGAUUGCCAUUUUCGGAAGAAACCUUCAAAGAGCUAGGAGAUACAUAUGGAAACUGGGGAUCAGAAUUUUAGGAAAAAGGAUAUAUAGUAGUGCUUUAUUUUAUUACUCCAUUUUGCUCAUUUAUGUUUGGUUCUCGAUGAAUUUUCUCAUCCCACGUUGACUUGAUUUGUCAAAUUGAUGCGAGAGCGGCAGCAGCAGAUUCAGAUUCGCCUGGACAUUCUUUUCGUUGGUUUUGAACUGGACUAUCCUGGCCAUCCAUCCAUCUAUCCUAUCAUUUUUCUUCAAUAGAGCUUUUCCUGUUUUCUCUCUCUCUCUCUCUCUCUCUCUCUCUCUCUCUCUCUCUCUCUCUCUCUCUCUCUCUCUCUCUCUCUCUCUCUCUCUCUCUCUCUCUCUCUCUCUCUCUCUCUCUCUCUCUCUCUCUCUGCGUCUUUCCUUCUUUAUUAGAAUAGACUGGGGUUUGCUUAGCAAUAAUAAGAGAGGACAGCGUGUUUGUUAAGCAGCUACGUAGGUCAACAGUUGUUGUAACCACAUCGAAUUGUUUAUAGAUAUAUUCCGACCCGAAGCAAAGCCUUCCAUUGCUCAGUCAACGCCAGUAUCCUUCCUGAACCAGUAUUUAUCCUCAAUUCCUAACACAUCAAAUCUACGCGCCUAAAUUGUCAUAAUUAAAAGCGAGCAUUGGCUUAAUUGCUGUGGCGUUUGAAUGACAUGCCCAGGCCAUUAUUAAAGGCCUGUGUAAUUAAUUAUUAUCUUUGAUUAGUGGCUUUGCGGCGUGAAUGUUCGCGUAAGUUUAAGCUGUAGCAGUAGCUGCUGCAUAUCUUUACCUCGUUUAGAAAAAAAGACAAGGGCAAACGAUUUAGAAGGGUAGAAUUGCUCUUUGUUGGAACAGCGCGUAAAGCGUACCGUUCCUCCCCCCAAAACAGCCUGAAAGGCUCACCUAUUUCUUCCUUAAUCGUUCUCACCCAAACGCAACCAUAAGGUUCCUACCGCAUCCUCCCCCUUCCCCCUCCUUUCGCUCAAAUAUAUCCCAUUUUUUAAAUUUGGUUUGGUCCCGUAAAUUUUCAAAUAUUUAUUUCCUAUACAUCAAGAGGAAAGGGGGUCCCCCUUUCAUGGAAUGCGGAAACAUGGGUGUGUUUGACCGCGGAGUUCAGAUGUUAUUGACCACGGUGGGCGCGUUCGCUGCCUUCAGUCUCAUGACCAUCGCGGUGGGCACGGACUACUGGCUGUACUCGCGCGGCGUCUGUAAGAUCAAGACCAACAACGAGAACGAGACCAGCAAGAAGAACGAAGAGGUGAUGACCCACUCGGGACUGUGGAGGACAUGUUGCUUGGAAGGAAACUUCAAAGGAUUGUGUAAGCAGAUAGAUCACUUUCCAGAAGACACAGAUUAUGAAGCAGAUGCCUCAGAGUACUUCUUACGGGCCGUGCGAGCGUCUAGUAUCUUUCCCAUCCUCAGCGUCAUCCUGCUCUUCAUGGGUGGUCUCUGUAUAGCUGCCAGCGAGUUCUACAAGUCCCGCCACAAUAUCAUCCUCAGUGCAGGAAUCCUCUUCGUGUCUGCAGGCCUCAGUAACAUCAUUGGCAUGAUCGUGUACAUAUCAGCCAAUGCGGGGGAUCCCUCAAAGAGCGACUCCAAGAAGAACAGCUACUCGUACGGCUGGAGUUUCUACUUUGGUGCUUUGUCCUUUAUCAUGGCUGAAAUGGUGGGUGUGCUGGCCGUGCACAUGUUCAUCGACCGGCACCGGGAGCUGCGGGCGGGCGCGCGGGCUGCAGAUUACCUGCAGGGCUCGGCUAUCACGCGCAUCCCCAGCUACCGGUACCGCUACCGGCGCCGCUCCCGCUCAUCGUCCCGCUCCACGGACCCCUCGCAUUCCCGAGACGCCUCGCCGGUGGGAUUGAAGGGUUUCGGGGCUCUACCUUCCACGGAGAUUUCCAUGUACACACUCACCCGCGGGGGAGACACCCUAAAGGGCGGCCACGGCACCCCCACCGCCACCUACAAUUCAGAGAGGGACCACAACUUCCUCCAGGUCCACAACUGCAUCCAGAAGGACCUGAAAGACUCAUCCAACACAGCCAACCGACGCACCACCCCUGUAUGAGGCACAACCUCUCCCCGUACAGAUAGCAGGGCAUAGGGAGACGGGAGCGGAGGCCUGGAAUAUUACAGAUCAAACUUCAUGUACCAUGCGUUUUCACGAUUCGGAGGAACCGGGAGGAUUUUUGCGUUUCGAUCAAAGAUUACACAUGUAUGCAUGAUUUUGCCAUUUGCCAUUGACAAAUUGAGGCUGGUUUGAAACGGAGACAGGCGAUAAGAGAUAUGCAGAGGGGUUCUUUUCGCCUGUGACGUGGGAGCUGUAGCUUGUGGCAUUGAUUUGACAUGUUUUUGUUAAGAAAGCAUUUCUUCAGCACCCAUCGGUCUACCCGGAUCAUCAGCAAGCUACUGCUCCCUCAUAAGUCUUCUUCCCUUCUCCACUAUAUUCGUCAUAUUCAUUUAUUUGUUCAUUUGUUAUUUGCAUUCAGAGAAAAAAAAAUAAGAAAGAAACAAAAAAAAAAACUGUGAACCACCGCAGUAGGGUGUUCAGUAAGAAACAGCCCGGUCUGCAAUCUCUUACACAAGGUACAACAUAUAUAUACACGUAUAGUAUAUAUAUAUGGAUGUAUUGAUUUUAUAUAGAAAUUAACAUAAUAAUCAAGACUUUUCUGAGGUAAAACUGCUGUUUGCCGGGUAAUGAUCUGUUGGAAAAGAGACUCUGUGGCCCUGAGCUGCCACUGUGGCUGGACGACGGAUGAAAUCACGAAGGAUCUUCACCGCAAAGCUGCUCUAACACGAGACUGACAAAGACGUUCAACCUUAGACAAAAAUCUAUUCUUUUAAAAGAACCUUCUCAUCUUUUUCUCAGUCCCUGUUUGCUUCCUUUUUUUCUCUCCUCUCGCAUUCGGUCGUCACGAGAGCGAACGACAGAAACAAAAAAAACUAACGCAAAGGCCUUCGCUGACAAACAGAGGGUCCGAGUUCGCUGAAAGACUCCAGAAAUGACUGCCAAGACGAAAAAAAGGAAGGAGGAGGGGGGAGGAAAAGAAGAGGAUGCUGAACUCUAAACAAACACUUGCAAGAACGCAAGCGACAAACAAAAGUACGAAAUAUUACGAGAAACGAAGCUAAGUGACUCACGAAUACAAAGAUUAAAUGCAUGCUAUAAAUUUACAGCAAACCUGCUCUUGAAACUUAAGUUUUAAAGGAUAAUGAUAAUUAUAAAGGGAAAAGCAAUGUUAAAAAAGUUAACUCUUAAUGUUUUGUGUACUCUUUCUGUUUUGGUUUCUAUUAUUAUUACUAUUAUUUAUUAUUAUAAUUAAUCAUUAUAAUAAUAUACUUUGAUGAUAAACCAAGCGAACAAAUUACAGCAAAACUGCUUUUUUUCAAUUCUGACUUCUUUCUUUGUAUCCACGUGUUUUUCUUUUACUCAGAAUCACACGCCUUAGUCAUUUCAUCUUUCUUUGGAUUCAUUUUAAAAUGUGUCAUUUUCUUUGAAAUGAAAUCUAAAGGUGCCAAAACAGAAUGAUCCUAAACUUGGAUGCAUCAAGUCCUGAUGAAUAAACAGACAAACCCA